AAUUGCAAUCACGGAGAAUAAAACUGCAACGGCCCCGAUCCCCGUGAACCCCGCUCGAACCCCUGACGGAAACCGCCGCGGGCCACAUGUCACUGUGCCUGGGCGGCCGCCGCCGCCGCGAACGCUAGGCACAGAGUGUCAAUGCACGGAAACAUCAAGCCGCAUAGCCCCCAGGUCCCCCCUUUCUUUCUGUCUUAGUCCCAGUCGGAUUAGCGCAGGCCCCCGGCCACUAAUUCCCGGCUCAAACGGGGCCCAGUGCGGUCCGGAGGUCCGGCACAGUGCGCCGGGCUACCCUGGCGUAUGGAUGUGUGUUUCACCUUGACGGCUUAUGUGCAGUUCCGGGCGCCUCCGCUGCGCUUCGGAGCAUUUCUGCCCUGACUGUGCUCAUGCAGCAGCACGUAGGGAUGUGCUGUAUCAUCCAGGCAGCACGGCAGACGCUCGGUCCCUCAGUAGGAAUCCUGCAGCGCCAUCAUGGCUCUCAACAUCCCCGGGGUGAGCGUAAUGAUGUUCUUCUACCUGCUGGUCCUGGGGAUCGGCAUCUGGGCUUCCAUCAAGUCCAAAAGGGAGGCCAGGAAGGGCCAGGGGGAUAAGACGGAGAUGGCUCUGCUGGGCAACCGGGGCAUCAACCUGGUGGUCGGCAUCUUCACCAUGACAGCUACAUGGGUCGGAGGCGGCUUCAUUGUGGGCACAGCGGAGGCAGUCUACAACCCCUCCAUGGGACUGAUCUGGGCCGUCAUGCCAAUCGCCGCGACCCUGUGCUUCGUCAUUGGUGGCCUGUUCUUCGCCGAGCCGAUGAGAAACAAUAAAUACGUGACCAUGAUGGAUCCCUUCCAAAUCAAAUAUGGAAAAGUACCGACGGCUGCUCUAUCGCUGGCUUCACUCAUAUCGGAGAUUAUGUGGGUGACAGGAACACUCAUAGGAUUAGGCGUGACCAUGAGCGUGAUCCUGGAUUUGUCCUACACCGUGAGCAUCUGGAUCUCUGCCGCUGUGGCCAUCACCUACACACUGCUGGGAGGUCUCUACUCCGUGGCCUACACAGACAUUAUACAGCUCAUUCUCAUUUUCAUUAGCUUGUGGCUGUGUGUCCCUUUCGCCCUGAUGAGCCCGGCCGUGGUGGACAUCACGGAGACGGCCUACAACUACACCUUCCAGUCCCCGUGGGUCGGUACUCUGGAGGCAGACAGGGUCUGGAGGUGGAUCGAUAACUUUCUGCUGCUGGGUUUGGGAAACUUGGGUCUUCAGAACUUCCACCAGAGGACGCUGUCCGCCGCCUCCUCGGCUACGGCCAAGAUCACCUGCUUCACCGCCGCGUUCAUCGUUCCCACCUUGGGCAUCCCACCCAUACUCCUCGGUGCAGUGGCUGCAUCAACAAACUGGAAUUUGACCUCGUAUGGAUCUCCGUCCCCGGUUGAACGCGGGGAGACGGGACUCAUCCUGCCCAUCGUCCUGCAGUACCUCACCCCGACCUACAUCUCCAUCAUCGGUAUCGGGGCGGUGGCUGCCGCUGUGAUGUCCUCCACUGACUCCGCUUUGCUGUCUGCAGCCUCUAUCUUCACCUCCAACAUUUAUAGGAACAUCCUGAGGACGCAGGCAUCGGAGCAGGAGAUCCAGUGGGUGAUCCGGGUCUCGGUGGUGGUGGUGGGCCUGGCCGGCACAUCCCUCACCUUCCUGGACAACAGCGUCCUGAUGAUCUGGAUGCUCCGCUCCGACCUCACCUACACCCUCAUGCUGCCGCAGCUCGUCUGCGUCCUCUUCUUCAGAGUCUCUAACGGUUACGGGGCCGUUCUGGGCUGUGCGGUGGGCGUGCUGCUGCGGGUACUGUGCGGGGAGCCGCUGCUCGGGAUACCGCCUGUCAUCAAAUUCCCAGGUUGCACUCUGGUAAAUGGCGUCUAUGUCCAGCAGUCCCCGAUCAGAACCAUUUGCAUGCUGUCUGCUCUGGUGGCCAUCUUGUUGUUCUCCUACCUGGCGUCCCUGCUCUUUAUCAGAGGCCUGAUUCCUGAGAAGUGGGAUAUUUUUAAUGUAAAAGCUCAGUACUCAACACAAACACAAGGUGGUGCCAAAUUGGACAUCAAGGAGCAGAACUUCAAAGAACAAAAUGAGAACAAUGAGGUGUGUGAGCCCAUGUUAGAAUCAACAUGUUAAGUAAGAAAUCUUAUGUGAAAUACAUUUUUCAUCUGUUUGGACAGAUGGUCCAAAGAAUAAAUGUACGUAAUGUGUAAUGAUAGUACGGUAUAUUUUAAUUUUGUAUACUUUUAUAUGCAGCAUAAAUGGAAAAAAAAGAAAACCUCACACCUAUGCUCUUUGUUAUAAGAGCUAAGCAUGUUCUCUGCAAUUUUAUGCAGCAGUGAUACUUUCCAGCAUUGAUGGAUUACAGUAUAAGAUAAUGGACCUCCUGGGCACAGACACGUAAGAGGCCCCCCCGCACUGAGCCUGGCCACAAAGGCGACGCUCAUAGUUGUUUCACGUCUUUUGAGAGACAUGGAUUGGGAUCGUGAGCUAAAGUAUAGGAAUGAGAGGUCUCUACUUUUGACUGAGCUCUUUGAAUUUCCAAAGACAAAUAUUAAUAACUGCCACCUAAUUCAGAGACUCUGGCUUAGGAGCCCCUGUGCCUGUGCCUGGUUGGCUUAUAAAAUAAUCCAACCAUGCUUUAAAAGUAAUUUUAUAUUUGACUGCAAAACCAUUCCUCUUUUGAUCGACGUCCUGAUUUCAUUGCGGCUUCAGCAUUUAAAAACAGUGGCUGUAAACGGCAAAAUAUUGUUAAUAUAGUUAAUUUAAAAUAAACCUCCUGUCUUUGCCACGAUCAUUGUUUUCUUCACACGUGCACAUUACGGUUUUAUUGUCUCCAGGAUUCUUGUUAGGCUGUGUUUGCGUCAAGUGGUCUCUUGCCCUUGAAAUACAACACCCGAAACGUGUUACGUCUUUUGAAACCCCUUUUGAUGUUUUAAACACUAGGUGGCAGAGAUCGAUUUAAGACGCUUUCUCGCUUUAACACUCGUUAUUAAUGUGCUAUGUAAAACAUCACCGACCAAAUGUCAUAAAUAUAACUGGAAGUUCUGGUAUUUUACAACCCUGAACAGCAUUUCGGGACCCAGGAACACAAUCGGGAUCAAUAUCGAGAACGAUGUUGAUUAGGCCGAGUAGCACUGAAGAGCCCCCCACUGCUCUCCUUAAUGUCAAUUCAACAGGAAUCGUGUGGAACACGGGGACUUACAGGGGACUACUUCCUGUAAGAGGCUCGUGCUCCUAUCGCCGAUCGACGUCAUUCUUACUGCACUCGGCCUCUCCCCAAAUCGCUGCGCCGGCGAUAAUGAGUAAAAUAUUGAUGGCAGAUAAAAAUAUGAGGACAAGACCUUGGUUAGCAAAUACCAGAAUUUCCCUUUAAGCACCUGGACGACAUUUUAGGUGUGCUGAUGCUGCUAUUAAGAUAGAGAAGACCUUGUUUCCAAAAUAAGGUAUCCAUUUAAAAAAAAAAGAAAAAAAAGCUAUGCUCCCUUCUCUAUUGACUGCUGGCAUAACUAAGCACUUAAUGGGUUGAUGUUGAAUUCUUAACAGAGUCAUUUAACAGUCAUUUAUGUUAUAAGAAUAUCAAAAUGUGCAUGGAUAUGUAGCUAAUCUCAGAUAUAAUAAGUGUUAGAAUUAAAUCCUUAAUUUGCUUAAGUUCCACAGGACUUGACCUGACUUCAUGUGUCCUAUGAGCUUGUGAUGACACACAAAAAUAACCACCCUCUGUUUUAUAAUUUAACAUCGGACUGUGUGGCAUGUCGGCUAGCGACAGAUGUCUGGACUAUCCCUCCCUCCCUCCUUCCUCCCUGAUGUCUGCGUCAAUCUAAGUCAGCAUAUCAGUGUGGUAUUAUAUGAGGUGACAUCUCGCCCCUGACUUGUCCGCGUGCCAACAGCCCUGGUGGAACAAUCAUCCCACAGGACACAGUAACACAGACUGAGAUAAAGGUCUUCUAUAAUAAGACUGCACAAAAGGACGCUAUUCCGGCUGCUUCCUGUGUCCUUCGUCUCAUAGCUGAUGCUUAAGUUGGUAACGAGGUUCACGACGCAAAAUCUAAGUAUGCCGUGACAGGUUAGUGAAGGCGUCGUAUUAAUAUUGGAGUAAUAGAUCAAUUUGCUGAUAUUUGAGUUGCACACCUCCAAGGUGACGGGUUAUGUGACCUUGAACUUAAUUUUUUUUUGUUUCUUUGCAUGUUAAAUUAAUUCAUGUUUUUGAAAAUUGAUUUUGGUGAAUGCCUUAUAUGUAUCUCAUUUUCAUGAUGGUUGAAAUACUUUCAUUUCAGGGGAUUUUAUACCCCGACAAGAAGCCCUGUCAAUGUUUUGGCACAACAGUGAUCAAAUAGAAACACAUUAGUGUCAGACAGAGAUAGAGAGAGCGACUAUCUGAGUACUUUCCUAUUAGAGCUUUGAGUCGAUGUAGAAAACAUAAUAGUUUACAUCCAUUAACAUUUCUUAAGUUUUAAGACAGAAGAAACAGUGACAUUACAGCUACUAAAUGCACAAGUGCUGUGGCUACUGUUGUGUCUGCAUUAGGUGCACUGACAAAGAAAGUUUUGUGCAUGAUGAUACACAAAAUUUUCUUUUCAAACAGGUGUAAAAUCUGUAAAAGUUCCUGCAUUUGCUCUCUGAAAGUGAUGUUAAUAAAGACAAGUGCGCAGAAUUUCACUUAUA